AUGACGGACAAUACUGCUACUGGUAGUCCGAGUUCAUACACAGGCGAGUCCAGUUGGGCACCGUCCGAGCCCAAGGCGACUUUGGACCGCCUUUCCCCCAGCAUACCUCCCUCGGACUUCCUAUCGUCCCAUGUUCUCAAACGCAAGCCAGCGGUAUUCACCUCACACUUAACAGACGCAUCAUGGAGCGCCUCGCAGCAUUGGACAGAUCUUGAAUAUCUGAGAUCGAAGGCCGGCGAGGUCGAAGUCAAAGUGGAAAGGCUCGACACACGGACCGGUGGGUUUGGGAGCGGCCUGCCACGCAUCAAAAUGCCGUUCGGUGAGUUCUUGGAGAAGCUGCAGAGUGGGUGCGAAAUGUACUUGACGACGCAGUACGAUGACGAGGAGGAGGGGGAAGGAAGUGGAGAGGAGACCCUGCCUGAGCCGUUCACAUGCCCGCCGCCGUGUAAAUGCCUGAAGGACGACUUCCCCCUCCGCCCGAGUCUCCUGCACUCGCUUGUCCCGCACCAAGUUAACCUGUGGCUGGGCCGCUCCCAGCCCCCGCCUUCCUCAGGGUCCCAAAACCGCCGUGCAACUCAAGGCGAGAUCGACUGGACGCAGUCGCGAUCGUCGGGCUUGCACCAUGACCACCAUGAUAACCUGUACGUCCUCCUCGCCGGGUACAAGCGCUUCGUCCUCUUCCCGCCCUCCGCGCACCCGCACCUAUUCUUCUACGGCUCUGAUGCUCAGGUACACGAGAACGGCGUAGUCAGCUACGAAGGUGCGAUGGGCAGCGACGCAUUAAGUGAGCGCGAGCGCUGGGGCUGGGAAGUGAGGCGGCUGCAAGGUGUAGUCGCAGGACUGAAGAAACAGAGGAAGAAGGAGAAGGCUGCUGAGAAGGCGAAAGGGGCGUUGGGUGGUAAGUUCAAAUUGAAGGGAAUCGGGAAGAAGAAGACGCCGCUCGAGGAGGAACUCGAGGCAGCUGAGUCCGCGCUGGUGGACGCGGAGGACAAGUACCUCGACGCGAUCGGUGAUGAGGGCUUGGAGUUCGGUGGGGAAGGGAUGCGGGACGACUUUGAUGCGCUGGGGGACAUGCUCGGUGGCGACGAGGUUGCAGCAGACGGAAACGUAGACAAUAUGGACGACACUAGCAGCGUCGCGGACACCGCGUCCGUAGCCGGGAGUAUCAAGGGCAAAGGCAAAGCGCGCGCAGAUGGCAACAGCGAGCCGCUAUCCUUCUCGCGCAUCCCUGCGUCGGCCCUGCACGCGCAGCUCGGGCUCCCUUCUGGCUCGAAUGCAGCAGAAGACGGAGCUGGUUCUGAUGUCGGCAUGGGCUUGAAAUCCCUGAACCCGAUCGUGGUGUAUCUCAAGCCGGGCGAAAUGCUCUACCUUCCCGCGAGCUGGAUUCACGAGGUGUCCUCUGCCUCCUUGCCCUCCCCCUCACCAGCGGCCGAGGCCGAGUCUGUUUCAAACGGGAAAAGGCCGAGGGGCGAGGGUGCGCUGCCCGACGUGCAUAUGGCGUUUAAUUAUUGGUUCUACCCGCCCGAUCAGGAGACGGGGGAGGGAGGGGAAGGCGUCUACAAAAUGCAGCCGCUGUUCGAUCAUCUCGGGGGUGUUAUUGAGAGGAAAUGGAAGGAUGACGGUGCGCGAGAUGGAGAGAAAGAAGAGUCCGGGACGAAGGGGUCCAAGAGGGUGAAGGUUUCAUACUGCGAAAGCGAACCUUGCGGAUUGCGGUAGUACACAUGGAACGUGCGUGCUCGAAUGUCAACAAUGAAAUAUUGUACUACUGUGGCAACCGCGCCAGUCAGGUUACAGGCCCAAGGAAUGGAUAUCCAGC